AUGAUGCCAACCCACUUCUCCGAAUUGCUUGUCUCUGUGGCUGCUGCACCUUCCGCGUGCCGCGGCAGCUAUUCCAGCAGCUGCGCAGCAGCAGCAGCAGCAGCAGCGGCAGCAGCAGCAGCGGCAGCAGCAAUGGAAGCAGCAGCAACAAUAGAAGCAGCGGCAGUAGCAGCAGCAGAAGCAGAAGCGACGGGUGCCAGAAAGAGAUGGAAGCGCCUGCUGCAGCAGUUGGAGCCGGCGAGUAUUCAAGAAAGAGCAGCAGGAGCAGCUGCCGCAGCUGCUCUCGCUGCAGCAGCAGCAGCAGCCAAGUCCACGGGCAGCGCAGCAGCGACAGCCCGUCUCAGGAGGUGGGGCGAUGCAGCAGGUGCUGCUCACUGCAGCAGCAGCAGCAGCAAAUUGGUGAUGAGAGGAGCCACGCAGGUAGCUGGGCUGCUGCAGCAGCAGGAGCAACGGCUGCAGCAACAGCAGCACAUGGGCACAUCGCAGCAGCUGCUGCACUGUCUGUUGAAAGUCGUUUUGUUGAAUGCCAUUGCCCACAUAGGGACGCCGUUUGCAGCAGCAGCAGAAGCUGCAUACGCAGCGUGGCUGCGGCGCCGCUAUGGAGUCCAUUUGCGAAAGCUGCAGUGGCUGCUGCUUACCACAAGACGGCCUUCCCCAGAAGCAGCAGCAACAGCAGCAGAAGCAGCAGCAGCAGCAGCAGCCGCAGCAGCAGCACCAACAAUUAGAGGACAGACCGGGGCGCAAUUUCAUUUCGACCUUGAAGAGGAUGAAAGGCAGGCGAAGCGGCAGCCAGAGGAGCUGCAGUCACUCCUCAGCUAUGGCCUUAUCAGCAUCCCGUCCAAAGGCCAGUUUCUCGAGCUGUUUGCCAGCAAUCUGACUGGCGUAAACGGCCCGAUCGCAGCAGCAACAGCAGCAACAGCAGCAGCAGCAGCUGCUGCUGCGGCAGAUCCUGGAUAUGGUCAGCACAAGCAAGUGCUCGAGUGA